AUGAAGCGCAAGGCAGUAGAGGUACUGGUAAAGAAGACAGGUGCCUGCAGCCUGGAGCCUCUUGCCAGGCCCCGGGUAACUCGGGGUCUGAUAGAAGAGGUUGAUGUUUUCUCUCCAGAACUCUACUACGACCGUGGGAACCACCAUGAAUUUGUGUCCCUGGUGAAGGACUUGGCCCGGCCUGGAGAAAUUACCCAGUCACAGGCCUUUGACUUUGAAUUCACCCACGUGGAGAAGCCGUAUGAGUCCUACACAGGGCAGAAUGUGAAGCUCCGGUAUUUCCUUCGAGCCACCAUCAGCCGCCGCCUCAAUGAUGUUGUCAAAGAGAUGGACAUCGUAGUUCACACACUCAGCACGUACCCAGAGCUGAACUCUUCCAUCAAGAUGGAGGUGGGGAUUGAGGACUGUCUGCACAUUGAGUUUGAGUACAACAAGUCCAAAUACCACUUGAAAGAUGUCAUUGUAGGAAAGAUAUACUUCCUGCUGGUGAGAAUCAAAAUCAAGCACAUGGAGAUAGAUAUCAUCAAGCGGGAAACGACGGGCACAGGCCCCAACGUGUACCACGAGAACGACACGAUAGCCAAGUAUGAAAUCAUGGAUGGAGCACCAGUGAGAGGAGAGUCUAUCCCAAUCCGGCUCUUUCUGGCGGGCUAUGAGCUCACACCCACCAUGCGGGACAUCAACAAGAAGUUCUCGGUGCGCUACUAUCUCAACCUGGUGCUGAUAGACGAGGAGGAGCGGCGCUACUUCAAACAGCAGGAAGUGGUAUUGUGGCGGAAGGGCGACAUCGUGCGGAAGAGCAUGUCCCACCAGGCAGCCAUCGCCUCACAGCGCUUCGAGGGCACCACCUCCCUGGGUGAAGUGCGGACCCCCAACCAGCUGUCCGACAACAACUGCAGGCAGUAGGCCCCCAGGGCCAGAAGCUGCUGGGCUCCCACCCAGCACCCGUCUACCGAACACCAGCGGCUCGGGGAGGGGGAGGGGGAGGACAGUGUGAUGCUCAGCUGACCCAGUACUUGCAACCUGAAAGCAAAUCAUGUUUUUGACUUAAAUUCUUUUUCUGAAGAACCUUGGGGGAAGCCUCCUUGGGUUCUGCAGCUGACAUGGUGGUAGUGAGAGGAAUCAUCCUGGAAGCUCGUGUCUCAAGGAAGAGCCUCUGCCAAGGCCUGGCACGCAUGUGGACUGCCUCACGUCACAUAGGAAGACAGUGCCAGCAUCCUCGCUCCAGCCUCUGGCUUCCGGACACAGGAUCUGACCAUGUCCCUGGGAUUCGGAACUGCCAAUGGGGCCCGGGUAGUCACUUCUUGUCUUCCCCUCUAUGUCCCUGAGGGAGUGGCAGCCGUUGGGCCUGCCCCAUCCUAAGUAGCCGGGGGAGACUCGAGAUUGGGAAGCUACCUUUUGGGGAGUCUUGGAUGCGGUGCUUUGAAAUUUCCACAAGCCACCUCCUUUCUGACCUUUCUCUCCCUGCGGGGACCAGGCACCUCCCUUCUCCAUCUUUUAUGGAUUCUUGUUAGUAACACUCUGGAACAGCCUGUGGAAGGGCCUUUGGCUGACUGUCCCCUCCCCCAUGAGAAAUUCUGGCACAGAUAUUCUGAGGUCCGUGUUCUGUGUCGUUGGCAGCAGUGUUGAACACAGGAGGCCGAGCCAGCCACUGAGGAGGCCGUAUGGGUACUGCCUGGUAGCCGUCUGCCUUCACGUCACUCCCGUCAGCCCAAGGUCUGUGGGGUCUGGCGGACUGUUCUGUGGCCCCAGCAAGCCUACAGGCAUCUGAUCUUUAAGAACAGAUCCCAGGAAGGGGCGUUGAUCUCUUGCUUCCCUAAGAGUGGAUCCUCAUCACUCCUUUCUCUCCACUUAAUUUCUGAGGAUUGGGGCUGGGUUUCAGACACUUGGGAAUUUUGUUCUUACUGUUGCCCAAGCCCCUUCCCUUCCUACCUAACUAAAGGUAUGAGUUAAAGGAGGGCAGUGGGGACCUCAGCAGAAGACCCUGCCACACAACUUCAGAAUGAUUCUGCUUGCCAAAUCAUGUCCUCACCUUCACCAGUUGACCAGAGUUUAGGGCCAUUUGUUUUUCUUUAAAACAAUACAGAAACUCCCGUGGAUAUUCUUGUUACUAGAGGAGGGGGCUUUCCCUCUGUUGCACUGCACUUGGGCCUAUUGUAAAAAAAAAGUGUGGAAAACAGGGACAACUCUUCCCCAAAUUUCAGUACAAUCGCAGGCAUUUGACUGGGCAGGGCUCAUGGAUCAGGACCGAGACUGGAGAGAAAGGCAUUUGGGAAAACACUUGAGGUUGACUGGGGGCAGCAGCAUCAAGGAAGGUAAGGUGGCUUCCCCCGUGGUUGACCCCGAGUUCAGGUACAGCGGGCAGUCCCCAUGGGAACAGGGUCACCUGUCCAGCUGUCCCUGGGUUUUCAAGGUUGGAGCUUGAGUGUAUGGGGGAGGUGUGUUCUUUGUUCCCUCACCUUCAGAGCAUGAGAUUAGGCUCUGGUGCCCUUCCCAUAGACGGUGUUCUAACUAGAAAGCACCUGUCAAUUCCUCUGCCUCCCAACAGACAACACAAAUUCGUUCUCCAACUUUCUAACACCUGAAACCUUUCUUCUGGGAAAGCUAGAAGAUAGAAUUAGCUUUACUCUCUCAGGACCUGUGCACAAGCUAGAUCUUGUUUUCUCUUACUCUGCCCUUGUCCUCCACUUAUGUGCCCAACUGCGGGAGUGAGGGGAGACUCCUGUCCCCCUCCAUUAAAGGUCCCCUGGGAGUGCAUAGGUACUAAACCAAGCAGUGCAACUUGUAAUUAAGCAGCUGCGGUGUUUACAUGUUUCUUAAUGUAUCGUCUUUUCAAUGGUGGUAUUUUAAAAAAAGAACGCUUGUUUCAAUUGUUGCUCUGAUUAAAGGAAGCCCCUGUGGCUUGGAGGCAUCAUGCCCACGGUCCACCA